GCAGGCCCUGCGCGCUGAGCAGGGGCGCCCGCGAAGGACGGGACAGGGGCGCCCCUCGUUCCGCUCCUGGAUGCGGAUCCCGCGGGCCCGCCUCUGCCCGGGGGACACUCACAGGCGAAGCCCCAGUCUCCCGCGCGGCCCUUCCACUUCCCGAGGCUGAGAGGUAUGAGCGGAUGGAGCUGGAGUCCGCGGGUUAAGGAAGCCAGAGCUAUCAUGUCAUGAGGAACUCAAGCAGCCCUGUGGAAAGGCUCAGAUGAUGAGGAACUGAGGCCUCCUGCCAACAGCCAUAUGAGUGAGCCAUAUUGGAAGUGGAUCCUGCAGCCCCAGUAAAGCCUUCAGGUGACUGUAGCUUGGGUGAUGCUGACUGAAACCUCAUGAGAGAUCCUGAGCAGAAUCACCCAGAUAAGCCACUCUCAGAUGACCCACAGAGACUAUGAGAUGGUAAAUGUUUAUUGUUUUAAUAUGUAACAGAGAGGCUGGAGAUUCAGUUUAACCCCUCCUCCAAGGAAGAAGAAGAAAUACCAGAAAUAGAUUGCCUGAGGACAGGCAGUUGCCUUCUUGGACGGGGAGGAGAUAAAUGAGAAGAUCUCUGGCCCUUGAGACCAUCUACCCUGUCACCAACCUAGGAUGGCUUAGUCUCUCAUUUCAAGUCUUGAGGGGCACCUCACGGUUGUUCCCUCCCGUCCCAGCCAUGUCUCCGAUGGAGCUGUCCAUUAUCCAUCACAGUUAAAGCCUAAUCAGCUCAAGACCAGCAGGAACAAGCCUGUAGUCUGACAAAAUCAGCCUCACGAUGAAUUAGCACCAGAGAGAUCAUUUUUACAGAAUGACAGCUCACUUCAAGAGCACAGAGUGAGGGCUCCAGAGGCCUCUGGGUCUGAGCUCUCCUGUUUGACCCCUGUACCCUGGGACUGUGAUGGUCACUCAGGCAAUGACAUUGACCCAUCUGUGGCCAGGAGCUCCUGUCUCCCCUUCUGCUCUUCUGUCCCAAGGUUUAAGUGACACUUCUCCAGAUGAAGGGUUAAUAGAGGACUUGACCAUAGAAGACAAAGCUGUGGAGCAACUGGCAGAAGGCUUGCUUUCUCACUACUUGCCAGAUCUGCAGAGAUCAAAACAAGCUCUCCAGGAACUCACACAGAACCAAGUUGUAUUAUUAGACACACUGGAACAAGAGAUUUCAAAAUUUAAAGAAUGUCAUUCUAUGUUGGAUAUUAAUGCUUUGUUCACUGAAGCUAAACACUAUCAUGCCAAGUUGGUGAAUAUAAGAAAGGAGAUGCUGAUGCUUCAUGAAAAGACAUCAAAGUUAAAAAAAAGAGCACUUAAACUGCAGCAGAAGAGGCAAAAAGAAGAGUUGGAAAGGGAGCAGCAACGGGAGAAGGAAUUUGAAAGAGAAAAGCAGUUAACUGCCAAACCAGCUAAAAGGAUGUGAGAAGUUGGAUGUUUGUGUCCUUCCUUCCCCUGUUCAUGUUCUGGAUUUAAGGUGACCCAGUGUAGACUGAAGUUAAGGUAGUGCCUUAUACCAUUGUGUUAUGUUUUGAAAUCCUUUUCCCAUGAGUGCUGUCUCUCUAUCUUCAUUUCAGCCAUUCAAGAAGCUUUUUUUCCUAAGUAGAAGACAUAAUAUCACUUGGUUUGGAUAUUUUAUAUGUAAUUUUUCAACUUUGUUUUGCUUUUUAAAAUUCAUUAUUUUGGCCUUAAGUCACUUAUAAACUGGAAAAUGGUUUAAUAGUCUAGACUAUAAGUGGUUAAAAAUUAGUAUGAAUUGUUUAGCUUCUUAAUAAGUGUGGAUUUAAAAGUUUCAGUUUCUCAUUUUAUGAAAUGAAUUGCCUUUCUGGCAAUACAGCGCUGGAUUUUGGCAGUUGCCUUUUCAUUGUUUGGUUGAGAAGAAUUGCCAGCUGUUUAAUCUCAUAUGCCACUGGAAAAGAGGUGGUAUAAGCCUUUGUGAAGAACAUGAUAGAAAAGUGUGUACACAGGAAAUAGUAGCAUCUUAGACAUAGGAUAGGUGAGCAAGAUGCCGUGUAGAUUCCACUAACCAUAUACUAUAUCUGCUUCCUAGCUUUGUUGUUGCUGUUUUUUCCUUAUGCUGCUUCUGGGUUCAAAGUAGAUUAUAUCUAUUCCUAAAGUUUGGCGGGGGUGGUGUAGCUUUCACACACUCAAAUGUGUUUAAAUGUUUAUAAUUCUUAGUAACAGUCAUCACACACUGUGAGAUACAAUUGUCAAGCUGAUAAGAUAAUGAACCCGGCUUUCCAAGUGGAAAGUCUUACUGCUAGUCCUAGCUAUCCUCUGAUUUGCUGUGUGGUCUUAACAUGUGGUUACUUUUUCUGUGCUUUUAAAAAAAAUUCUUAAGGUAGAAUGAUACAUACCAACUACCCAUUUUAUAGAUAAUGACAAGAAUGGUGGAAAAUUAGUAAAUAGCUUCUUCACAAAAGAGGCAGCAUGAUACCUUUAGUGUUUUCUAGAUCCCCCUCCCCCAAUAUUACAUGUAGAAAUUUAUUAUGUGAGGGAAAUAUUAUGAAGUUUCAUUGUUUUAAAUUGAGAGUGUAUUAUUCACUGUUUUAGUUUUACUUAAUAUCCAUGAUGUCCAAUCUCUUACAUAGAGACUGUACAGAUUAGAUUACAGAUUAUGAUUAGAAUGUGUAUCUUUUAUAAUCUACGUUACAUUUGGUAAGCUGGAAUCACUCACUACCUCUGAUCACAUAUCAGGCUAACCAAUGAUGGAGAAGGCAUUAGAUUUACGUCGAGUGCUAAGAACUGGUCUGUUUAAAGGUUUAAAAAAUUUGUUUGAAAACCUUUCCCUUCUUUAGUGAGUGAAUUAUUAUCUCACAAUUCUCUUGGUUUUGACCUUAUGUUUAAGAGUAUAAAUAUAUUUUAUUUUUAAAGGCUAUGUGUUGCCCUCAAACACUGGCUAAAACUCCUAGGGCAGGAUCAUUAGCACUGGCAGGACAGUGUCACCUAAACUGCUGAAUGUACUCAUUGAUAACCUGACAAAGGCUGUGCAUUGUUUCUUAGAGUGAUUUGUGGUGGCCAACUGCAAUGAUUGUUUAAAAUGCUGGUUCCUGGACACCACUCUCAAUCUAUUGAAGCAAAUCUGUUUGUUUUUCUCUUUUUUUCCUUUUUAAAAAGUUUCCUCAAGUGAUUCUGAUGUACCUUAUAAGUUGAGAACCGCUGGUCUAGUCAGAGGUUUCCACACUGGGCUGCAUAUUAGCACCUGGAAACUUUAAAAAAAUAUACUCUUGAAGAUUUUUACUCAUUAGUUCUUAGGUAGGGCCCAUGCACAUUUUAAAGAGCCCCCCAGAUAAGUCCAAUGCAAGGAACCACUGGUCUAGACUUUCUAGUGAUUUAUAUUUAUAAGGAGUGAAAUAGUUUGAAAGCUACCCAGUAACUCGUGGGAUUAAUCUUAUUAAAUAAAUUCUUAAACUGCUGCUUUUGAUAUAAAGUCAGAUUUAAGACUGAAAUAAAUAGCAGGCCGGAAAUAGGUAUAGAAUUCUGGUUAAUUGAACUUUUGUGACCUAUAUUUAAAUAAAUCAUGUUUAUUGAAUGAAUGGCAAGGCACAUGUACUUUUAGAAAUGUAUUACUUACAUUUUGAAGAUUUUUUAAAAUGUCAAGAAUAUAUAUUAGGAUCCACUAUUUUUAGGUCAAUUGUAAAUCAGAAGUACUGUUACUUUGGUAAUUAAAAUCUAAAACUUUAGCUGUAUCUCAGUAGCGUACAAACAUAUCUGACUAAAACUGAACAGAGCCCUUAUAAUUAGUCUUGCUGUAUUUUUGCACAAAAUUAUGAAUUGGUACUUGAGUUGAAAAAAAUUGCCUAUGGUGUUUGAGUUGAAAAAAAUUGCCUAUGGUGUUUGAGUUGAAAAAAAUUGCCUAUGGUGUUUGAGUUGAAAAAAAUUGCCUAUGGUGUUUGAGUUGAAAAAAAUUGCCUAUGGUGUUUGAGUUGAAAAAAAUUGCCUAUGGUGUUUGAGUUGAAAAAAAUUGCCUAUGGUGUUUGAGUUGAAAAAAAUUGCCUAUGGUGUUUGAGUUGAAAAAAAUUGCCUAUGGUGUUUGAGUUGAAAAAAAUUGCCUAUGGUGUUUGAGUUGAAAAAAAUUGCCUUUGUUUUGAAACUAUAUCAUAUAUGUACUGAACUAAAGUGAUGGGAGUUAAUUUUGUAUUUACUUUGUAGGAGGUAUCAUGUAAAUAUGCAGACGUUGAAUGUAGUAUGGAUUGUGUCCGCAGUGAAUUUUUGGGUGGAUACAGUUUAUAAAUAUGCCAAUUAUAUACCCUCAUAUACUUGUCUGAUUUUGAGCUUGUAAAAUGAGGACUCCUUUUUACACAUUUAAUAAAGAAAAGAAAGGUC